UAACAUUAAUGAAUAUAUCACCAAAUGCGCUUAUUUACGAAAGAAAUGUACAUAUAACAGAAAAAGAUAUGUUUGGUGAAUGGGGUAAUAUAUUAUACAAAAUUAAAAAAGAAGAUGGAAUAGAAGGAAAAGUUAGUAAAGCAUUAUUAGUUUCAUUAUGGGGUGCAUUAUGUGAGCAAAAAAAUGGACAAAAUUAUGAAGAUCAAGUAAAACGUGUACAUACAGAUGGCUUUAUUAUAGCUGGAAAAGUAGAACUUAAAACGGGAAUAGAAAUGG